UCAUGGCGAGGCAAAGUCUUAAGACUCGAUAAUACGAAAUAGGCUAUCGCUCUUUGCAUUAGUUUGACCACAGGUUUCGAAUUAUCGGAAUAAAAUAAAAUUGUUGCCAUCCUGUGAAAGGUAUGAGGCGCAGAUUAAUGUCACUUGACUGUUAAUACCAUUAAAAUAAUUUCAAAAUAAAAGAAUAAUCAAUCGACCGAUAGUGUUGGGGCGCAUUCACUGUUGUUGUUGCUGUUCACUCGAGAAGGAUCCAAGAAAUGGGUGACAUAAAAGCAUUUUUGCACCAGUGGUGCGCUAAAAAUUCAACAGAACCGACCUUCGAAGUCAGACCUACUGGUCCUAAACAUAGGCAGCGCUUUCUUUGCGAAUUGCGUGUAAAUGGCUAUGAUUACGUUGCCGUUGGCAAUUCCACAAAUAAAAAAGAUUCUCAAGGAAACGCAUCACGCGAUUUUAUUAAUUAUUUAGUUCGUAUUGGGAAAAUAAAUCAUAAAGAUGUACCGGUUGACGCAGGUAUGCCUUCACAAUCAACUGGUUUGUGGAACGAACAGAGCAACGAUAGCACACCAACUAAGCCAGUAUUUAAAGAUGGAAUGGGUCCAAAUGAUUUUGGUCAAGCUUACAAACCAUACAGCGAUAGAGGCGAAAAUUAUACGUACAUGGAUAGAUUGGCUGAUCAAAAAAGAGUCGAAGAGGCUGAAGAUCUUGAUGUAAAUUCAGGAAUUCACGGAAAUUGGACAAUAGAGAAUGCCAAAUCUAAGCUUCAUCAAUUUAUGCAAAUUAAUAAAAUUAAUUCAGAUUAUAAGUAUACUCCUGUGGGGCCAGAUCAUACAAGGAGUUUUAUGGCCGAAAUGACAUUCUAUGUUAAGCAACUUGGACGAUCAAUUACUGGACGUGAAACAGGAUCAAAUAAGCAGACGGCGUCUAAGAGUUGCGCUUUGUCACUGGUAAGACAAUUAUAUCACUUGGGAGUCAUCGAGGCAUUUAGCGGAACGUUAAAAACGAAAAAAGAUGGUGAUCAAAUGAAGCCUUAUCCAGUAAGAAUUUCUCCACAACUUGCAGAGGAAAUAAAUUCCGUUUUAGAAGGAUUGCAGAUUACUCCAGUUAAUGUGUACAUCAAGUCGAUGAUUUUAGAGAGCGGAAGCCAAGGAAUUUCCCUCAUAACCGAUCAUAUUUUAGAGGAUUUCAUUUCAUCGAAACCACAGCCAGCAGGUGUUGUAAGUUGGUCGCCACCGCAGCAGAACUGGAAUCCUUGGACGUGUUGCAAUAUUGAUGAAGGACCCUUGGCCACCAUGACAUUGGAACAGCUUUCGGACGACAUAAUGAAAGAGGCUAGAGAUCGUAUGCAGCAGUCAGUGGAUCUUCAACAGAGUCAAAAAGCCCGAUCUAAGUUGCCAGUAUUCGCCAAGAAGAAUGAGAUUAUGAACGCCAUCAACGAGAGCCCAGUCAUAAUCAUCCGCGGUAACACCGGCUGUGGUAAAACUACACAGGUCUGCCAAUUUAUUCUCGACGAUUACAUCGCCACUGGUCAGGGUGCUUACUGCUCCAUUGCCGUCACUCAACCGAGAAGAAUCUCAGCUGUGUCCGUUGCCGAUCGUAUAGCCGUGGAAAGAUGCGAGGCCCUGGGUCAGAGCGUCGGCUACUCGGUGCGUUUCGAGUCUUGCUUGCCAAGACCAUACGGUAGCAUCAUGUUUUGCACCGUUGGCGUACUGCUACGGAAAUUGGAAGGAGGCUUGAGAGGUGUAUCUCACGUCAUCGUCGACGAAAUUCAUGAGCGCGAUGUGAAUUCCGAUUUCAUUAUGGUUGUACUCAGAGAUAUGAUUCACAUGUACCCCGAUCUAAGGAUUAUACUUAUGUCUGCGACGAUCGAUACUACUGCCUUUAGCCAGUACUUCAACAACUGUCCAGUUAUUGAGAUUCCUGGAAGGGCAUUUCCCGUGCAACAGUAUUUUCUCGAGGAUUGCGUGGAAUUAACUAAAUUUGUUCCACUAAUGGAUACGAAAAAGCGUAAGAAUCGCGAUGUAGAUGAUACAUCUCUGGAGGGUGAGGCCGAGGAGAAUCUUAAUAAAUUUGUGAGCGAUAACUACAGUCUCCAUACGAAAAAUGCAAUGGCACAGCUCACGGAAAAAGAAAUUAGUUUCGAGGUCAUCGAAAGUUUGCUGUGCUACAUCAAGGAACAAAAUAUAAGCGGCGCCGUUUUGAUUUUCCUUCCCGGCUGGAACUUGAUAUUCGCUCUAAUGAAGCAUCUCCAACAGCAUCCGAUUUUUGGCAGCAACGAGUACGUCAUCAUACCACUGCACUCGCAACUGCCACGCGAGGACCAGCGCAAGGUCUUCGAUCCAGUUGCUUCUGAUAAAACGAAGAUAAUCCUUGCUACGAAUAUCGCGGAAACAUCCAUCACCAUUGACGACGUCGUUUACGUUAUCGAUUCCUGCAAGGCUAAGAUGAAGCUCUUCACUUCGCAUAACAACAUGACGAAUUAUGCCACCGUUUGGGCAAGCAAGACGAAUUUGGAACAGAGGAAGGGCCGAGCCGGUCGAGUGCGCCCUGGAUUCUGUUUUCAUCUCUGCUCGAGGGCCAGAUUCGAUAAAAUGGACGAGCACAUGACAGUGGAGAUGUUCCGUACUCCAUUGCACGAGCUUGCUCUUAGCAUUAAACUACUGAGGCUGGGCAGUAUCGGGCAAUUUCUGUCCAAAGCCAUCGAACCACCGCCCAUCGACGCGGUCAUUGAAGCGGAAGUCAUGCUGAGAGAAAUGAAGUGCCUAGACAAAAACGACGAGCUUACGCCCCUCGGUAAGAUCCUCGCUCGGUUACCAAUUGAACCGCGCCUUGGCAAGAUGAUGAUACUCGGCUGUAUGUUCCGGGUCGGCGACGCUCUCUCGACUAUGGCGGCCAACAGUUCGACCUUUCCCGAAGUCUACAACAUGGGCCCGGACGUGCGGAGGCUCUCGGCCCAACAAAAGUGGUUCGCCGGUGCACGAUACAGCGAUCACGUGGCUAUGCUCCAUGUGUUCCAGUGCUGGGAGGAGGUUAGGGGCGGUGGAGAGUACGCCGAGAAUAUGUUUGUCGAGUCGAAAAACUUGAGUUUGCCGACGCUGCGAGUUACUUGGGAAGCCAAGCAUCAAUUACAAGCGCUGUUAACAAGUGCAGGAUUUCCUGAGGAAACUCUAUGUCCGAUACCUUUAAAUUACCAAGCUAGUGCGGAUGUACGUUUAGAUACAAUUACGUCACUACUUUGCAUGGGUCUUUAUCCAAAUGUGUGCUAUCAUAAAGAAAAGAGGAAGGUUUUAACUACGGAGUCAAAGGCCGCUCUAAUUCACAAGACUUCUGUGAAUUGCAGUAAUUUUGAACAAAAUUUUCCAUUUCCCUUUUUCGUAUUUGGAGAGAAGAUUCGUACAAGGGCGGUAUCUUGUAAGCAAAUGACCAUGGUAUCACCGUUGCACUUGUUACUAUUUGGUUCGCGUAAGGUCGAGUUUGUAGAUAAUUUAAUUAAAUUAGACAAUUGGAUUAAUCUUGAAAUGGAUCCUCAGCACGCUGCGGCAAUAGUCGCUUUAAGACCAGCAUUAGAAAGUUUAGUGGUUAAAGCUGCCAAAGAUCCAGAAACCAUAUUAGAACUUAGCCCCUUAGAUGAAAAGAUUUUGUCCCUCGUGAAAAACUUAUGUAGCAUGAACGCAGGCCGUUUCGAGAUGGAGCCUAUCGCUGGAGGUGGCUUUACGUCAAGGCGACCACCACGUGAGCACAUGAUGGGCGUAAGUCCCAAUAUGAGGCACAUAGAUGGUGGCCCAGCACCCAAGUAUAUGCAUGUGGACAGUUUUCGCAGUAACAACUUUGGCGGAUAUAGAGGUGGCUACUAUAGAGGCGGUGGUGGAUAUUACGGCAGAGGACACGGAGGAUAUCGUGGAAAAUAUUAAAUGUGUUUUUAAAUAUAAUUUUUAUUAAGAUAUUUAUCAUUUAUAAAUGCAUGAGCGAAAGCAUAGUUUCUCGUUAAGUACAAAAAAUCAUUUUUUAUUCCGUUAUUGGCAUGUAUAAGAUGUUUUAACAUUUAAAAAUUA